AGAAAGAGAAAGUGAGAGAGAGUUGCCAAGUGGGGACAACCCCAAAUCACAUCUCUAUUUUCCUUCUUCUAAUAAAUCUCUCUCUCUCUCUCUUAGAUUCUCUCUUUCUUUCUUUGUGGCUUCGAUUCGAUCUGAUCGAGCUCCGAAAAAUCCUAACGAUCUACUGCAUGCUCUUUCUUCCUCCACACACGGAUCGCAAACCCUAGCUUUUUUCUAGUUUCUCCAAGCUUCUCUUCCAUUCGAUUUCCAGGUGUUAACGAUGUCGACUCCAUCUAGGAAGAGGCUGAUGAGAGAUUUUAAGAGAUUGCAACAAGACCCACCCGCAGGAAUCAGCGGGGCACCCCAAGAUAACAAUAUAAUGCUUUGGAAUGCUGUAAUUUUUGGUCCUGAUGAUACACCAUGGGAUGGAGGCACGUUCAAGUUGACUCUGCAGUUCACAGAGGACUACCCAAACAAACCACCUACAGUGCGAUUUGUUUCUCGAAUGUUUCAUCCAAAUAUCUAUGCUGAUGGAAGUAUUUGUUUGGACAUUUUACAAAAUCAGUGGAGUCCUAUAUAUGAUGUGGCAGCUAUACUCACAUCUAUCCAGUCGCUGCUGUGUGACCCCAACCCCAACUCUCCUGCAAAUUCAGAAGCUGCUCGGAUGUUUAGCGAGAACAAACGUGAGUACAACCGAAGAGUGAGGGAAAUUGUGGAGCAGAGCUGGACGGCAGACUAACCCCAUAAUGGGACACUAGUCGGGGCACUCAUGGGUGCGUUUGAUGGCAUGUUUGAAAUGACAUUGCUCUCUAAGAAAACAUUGGGCAAACUUAUCAACUUUUGUCUUGUAUGUCACAUGUCAUUCUAUCACAAACCUAGCAAAUGUUUUAUUUGAAUAUGAAUUGCUGCAUUGCGUGUUGUUGAUCCUCAUGUAAAAUAGAAUUUACUUAUCACAUUACACUGAAUUGUUAUGAAUUUGAUUCAACAUAAAA